GGUCCAGCCUCUCGCCUGAGGGGGCCCGCUUUCCCAUUGGCUCCGGGAUGAAGAAGGGAAGGAGGAAGUGUCGGCGCGCCCAAUCCGGCGUCCCCAGCGCCCCCCGCGCGGCCUUCCUAUUGGGCGCGGCCCCCGUCCCUCUCGCUUGUUGCUAAGCCCCAGCGGGGAGGUUCGGUUGCGGCGCGAUAAGUUAGGUUGCCGGCGGCCGCUGCUGCUGCUCGGGCUGUGUCGGCGGCUGAGGAGGCGGAGAAGGGGAAGCAGGCGACGAAGGCGGCCGCCGCCGCCCAAGGCCCAGCCAGGGCAGGCCAGGCUGAAGAAGCAGGGCCGCCGCCUCUUCCUCCUCCUCCCCGCCGCCGCCGGUGGGCGGGUGGGCGGCAGCCAUGACGCUGGAGUCCAUGAUGGCCUGUUGCCUCAGCGACGAGGUGAAGGAGUCGAAGCGCAUCAACGCCGAGAUCGAGAAGCAGCUGCGGAGGGACAAGCGCGACGCCCGCCGGGAGCUCAAGCUCCUCUUGCUCGGCACAGGAGAGAGCGGGAAGAGCACGUUCAUUAAACAGAUGCGGAUAAUCCAUGGCUCGGGCUACUCCGAGGAGGACAAAAAGGGUUUCACCAAGCUGGUGUACCAGAACAUCUUCACUGCCAUGCAGUCAAUGAUCAGGGCCAUGGAGACCUUAAAGAUCCUGUACAAGUACGAACAGAACAAGGCCAACGCCCUGCUGAUCCGGGAAGUGGAUGUAGAAAAGGUCUCGUCCUUUGAACAGCCCUACGUAAGUGCAAUUAAGACCUUGUGGAACGACCCGGGGAUCCAGGAGUGCUAUGACCGGCGGCGAGAGUACCAGCUCUCCGACUCGGCUAAAUACUACCUUACCGAUGUGGAUCGUAUUGCCAUGCCGGGGUACCUCCCAACCCAGCAAGACGUCCUCCGGGUCAGAGUCCCAACCACUGGGAUCAUAGAAUACCCCUUUGACUUAGAGAACAUUAUCUUCAGAAUGGUGGACGUUGGGGGUCAGAGGUCAGAGCGGAGGAAAUGGAUCCACUGCUUUGAAAACGUCACCUCCAUCAUGUUCUUAGUAGCUCUUAGCGAAUAUGACCAAGUUUUGGUGGAGUCGGACAACGAGAACCGGAUGGAGGAGAGCAAAGCCCUUUUCCGGACCAUAAUUACCUAUCCCUGGUUCCAGAACUCCUCAGUCAUCCUCUUCCUCAAUAAGAAAGAUUUGUUGGAAGACAAGAUCAUGUACUCUCACCUCGUGGAUUAUUUUCCAGAGUUUGAUGGCCCCCAAAGAGACGCGCAGGCGGCCCGGGAAUUCAUCCUCAAGAUGUUUGUGGAUCUAAACCCAGACAGCGACAAAAUCAUCUACUCUCACUUCACAUGUGCCACAGAUACGGAAAACAUUCGCUUUGUCUUUGCUGCUGUCAAGGACACCAUCCUGCAGCUCAACUUGAAGGAAUAUAACUUAGUCUGACCUUGAUUUGCCUGCCCUCUUUUUUUCCUCCCCUGCCCCUCCCACCCCCACCCCACCCCACAUCUCCUCGGGAGACCUUUCGUUGUGAAGAAAGUAAGACAAGAGAACCCCAUGAAUUUAAACAAAACAAAAAUUGUACAGGGGGGGGGAAUCUUGAUUUUUAAUGAUGUAAUGAUUGCAAAUUGUCUGAUCUGUGGAGUGGCAAGGGUUUUUUGGUUCUUGUUUUUGCUCACUGUUACCUUGGAGUCUCAUGUCUGCCACACAGAAUAGCUAGUGUUCUUUUUCUUUAAACAAAUGUGCUUUUAUUUCGCAGUUCACAUACGGGACACGUUUUCACUCUCACUUUGUUAAUUUCCUGCUUUUCUGGUCAACCGUCGAGGCAGCUUCCUCUCGGACUCUCUUGUCGUUUUUGCAUUUAGCCCCUUUCUUACUUUUCCUUUCUGUUCCAGUGAUACAUCUGCAGGCUUUCUGAGCCAAGUUGACGGUGUCUCACUUGGUUCUGGAAGGUGUGGGGCUCUCCUAGUACCCUCGCCUUGCAUUGUACAGUUCCUCUGGUGCAACUGGCUGACUGGGUUAGCUUUUCUGCCCAUGAGCCUGGUGCAUCCUACCGAAAGGGGCAUGCGCCAGGGUGUACUUGGAUGACAUCUUGGAAGGAACAAGAGCUUUCCUCUACCAGUUGCUUCAAACAAGCCAUCUGUUUUCUUCCCUCAUUUCUUCCCCCCCCCUUUACCAAUUAUGAAAGUUAGAUUGAGACUGUGAUUAUUUUUUUUAAAUUAUUCUAUACAUAAUUUGCUACAUAUGCUGUACUUUUUUUUUGUUUGUUCAUAGAGUACAAACAAAGCAAUAGCUAAUGAGCCUGGGGGAAGUGCCUGGUUGUUGUUGUCAUCAUUAUUUUGUUUCAUUUUUAAGAGAAAGUAAGCUCACUUUAGUGAAUCUUCUUACCCCAGUGUGAGGAGUUAUUGUUUCAAAAGGGAGUGGUGGAGCCUGAAUCCUGCAGUAGAUUUUGGACUGGAAGAAAGAUCCAGAGGUUCAGAUUCAUUCUCCUAGAUCUUUUGCUUGUGUGUGUUAUUCCAACAACUGCUUGGGUUUAUUCAGACCCAACACACACCCCUACACUGAAACGUGGUGAUCCUUCAGGGGGAAAAGCGAAGUGGGAAGUUACGUGGCGUUCAGAGGCUUCUUCACAUACCUUGCGAGAAAGUUCUAGGGAAGGGGUUGAACGCUGUCUGCAACUUAUUGCAGCUCCUCUUGAACUACAUUGCCAUGGCUUGCGUGAGUAUUAGCUGCUACUUAUCCUCCCCUUAAACUUUGGAAGGCUUUGUUCUACCAGAAACAUCUGCACGGAUAUUUAUUCCGGGCCGGAAGUGGGGGGCCCAGUGCACCCGUUGGUGCGUAUGUGUGCAUUUGUGGGGCUGGGGUGGGGGGGGAAGGCCUGCAGCAGUUCAAAUCCAGCAAAGGUGAAUCUGCUUUGGCUGAGAUGGCAUUUUUAACUUUCAAAGCGAGCCAGAUGAAAGGUCCCAGCUCUGGAUUCUCAAGUGCCAAAAUGCAUUCCUUUGAAGCCAGUGGGAGGCGAUGCCAAAAAAAGGGAAAGGACAAGAAAUUCUUGCUGGUCCAUACGGAAGGAGAUUUGCCACAGGACUCAGUGAGUAACUUUUGGGAGGAUAGGUGAGCUUUUCAAAUGUGCCCUCUGGACACAGGAAGUCCAGACAACACUAACGUGUCUUUAGGGGUGCUCACAGCUGGUUUCUCAGAUGCUCCAGAAGGCAGCCAGAGAUAUAUAUGUAUUUUUUUAAGCCAGCUGCCACAAAAUGAGCUGGCAAAGGGAGUGUCAAAUAUGCUUUUAACGUCGCGUAGGACAACACUAGUUAAACUUCCUUGCACAAGACGUACAAUGGGACUCUUCCUGGAUACGUUUUGGCCUUUACACUACCAAAAUCCUAAUUGCACAUGAAUUACCUGCAGCAUUCCAUUUUUGGGGGGGGGGGAGGUGGCGAGGUGGCGAGGUGAGGUGCUGCCUCCAGGUUUUUCUGGGGCCGCUCCAUGUCAUGGAACACUACAGAAGAAAGCAAAAGCAAGCCACUAUUUUAUUUUAUUUUUUUGGGAAGGGGAUUCCUGGCUUCUCUUGCACAUCCAGCAACAUGAGCCUGAUGCGUUCAUGAUUUGGGAGGCCAACUCGUGGUAGGAAUCCCACGCCAAGAGAUCCUGUUGGGUUGGUGGUAGAUGUGGGGUUGAGCAGUCUGCUUUCUAAAAUAAACAACAUUCCUGAUUUGUCUAAAUGUUUUUGGGGACGAUUAUGAGGGAGGGUGGGGCUUCCCUGCUUAGACUGUGUUGAUUUUGUGUUCUUGGCAAAAGACACCCCCGUGCUUGCUGUCUUCUGCAAGGAAAGUUCUGUAUUCGCAAAUGUGCCAUGGUUCCUCUCAACAUCGUUCACCUGCGAUACCUUCUUAACGCUCCUUCCUUGUACAUCUUGAUCUGCAUUGUCCACUGCAGUCAUUGGACCUGUACCUGUCAGAUGCAGGAGUCUAGAAAGCCAACUCCUUGAGCAACGUCUCUUGUAGUGACUCUUUUGAGGAAGGCCCUCUCUGCCUGAAUCUGGCUCGGUGUAUCGAAUGCUGGCCCCCUUGCCAGCGGUUGGCUUUACACAGAGGAAGUUAUUGGAUGGGCUCUGCACCAGUUUCGUGGGUUUGACAACGCACUCGUUCUGGAGAAGAUACUAGUUCUUGCAAGUGACCUCCAGGGCCCUCGUGGAGCCACCUUUUACGGACCAGCUUUUGGGGUGGAAAUUCCCCAUCUCCCCCCCGGCCCAGCAGUCGCUUGCUCUCAAUGUGCCAAAGCCACGCAGGGCAGCCUCUCCUCCGCCCGCCACCAACCUGCUCGUGCCGAUGGGAGCUGGCUGAGGUUUCAGAAGUGCCAGUAACUAGGACCCAGAAUUCUCAAGAUCACCCAUGUGGAGGAGAGAUGAAGUUGAAAUGAAGAAGCGAAUCUGUUGACCAACUUCUGAUCACAGCGCACUUUAAUCAGACAGAAAGUCCUACUGAAGACUCCAUAGCCUGCUCUCAGACCCUUCAUGUCCAUCCUUUACUGUACGCAGGGAGAGGAUCAUGAAAGGAAACGCAUCAUUCCAUUUCCUGGUAGAGCUUCAAAAUGAUUGUCUGCUGCAAGCCACUGCCCCUUCCUCUCUUCAGCCGCUUCUUCCUUUUCCUCUCCCCACCCAGAAAUGAAUUAUUCAAGCUUUCAUUGCCUGCAGUUGUGUGUUUAGGUUCCCCCCCCAUAACUACUUUUAAAAUGCUUUCUCCUCCCCCCCUUAUUUUGGUGGGCGUGCUGGCCAUUAAUUGUAUUGUGCUUCACCAGAAACGAAGGUUGUUUUGAGUCCAGCAGAGGUUCAAGUCUGUAACUCAGUACUCCGUGAGUGUGUGUGCGUGCCUGUGCAUCUGUGUCUUUGUAUUUUUUAAGCGUUUAUGGUUUGUGCCAAUGCCCUCAUUCUUUUUUUUUUUCCUUUAGUACCAGAGACUCUUUUACAAGUACCAGUGUGGUGAAAAAAAAAUUUAUUUGGUUAUACUUGUAUAUUAUAAGAGAUCCUGAUUUAACAGAAGAAGAAAAAAACAUUUACACAUUAUCCUAUUUAAAAAGAACGAAAACGACUAUAUAAAAAAAUGCUGUUUGUUUUUUUUUUUAAAAAAGACUUUGUCAUUUUGAAAUUGCAUGUGGUGUUUAAUGCGUGAGGGCGGGGGUGGGCGGGAGGGGAUUCUGACUCACGUGGCCCGGGAUAGAUUUUUGCCCCACAUUUUUGCCUGUCAACACACUCUCUCUGUGUGUCUCUUUCUCCAGUCUGUAAGGCAAAAUUGGGGCCUUCCCGGAACCCUGCAGUUCUCUCAUCUCCUGGGUGCUGCCCCUUGUUGUUUAGAAAUACCUGAUGGAAAUUGAUUUUCAUAUCUUUCUCCUGAAUAAAAUUGUUUGAAAUUGGAAUAAAA